AUGGAACGUGUAUGGCAACCGCUGCAGCAUGCGUUGCAGCGGAUCGUCUCAUUGCAACAAGAUGAUAGUCCUGCUUUAUGGACAGGUCGUAUUUUCAAUGUAGAUCUAGCCUUUCGCCCAAGGCAAUUUUAUGUUCAAGGUGUUUUACUCGGCGUUCUGAUGGUGUUUUUGCUCGGCUCUUUGCUCGGGCGUGUGUACAAUCGCUGGGUAGUUAAAAGCUGGCAUCUUGUUUAUGCUCGUGCUCUGGAGACUGAAUUUUCUCAGGUUGGCAUUGACACAUCUGGUAUUGCACCUAAACUUAUUUGGAAUGGCGCAGAUGAGGCUUGUCUAUUUGCAACAGGACGCCGUGGAGUCGAUUCUUUACAUGCUGUUUUAACACUACGUCCAUGGCAUGACCCGUUCAUGAUCAUUUUUUCGAUUAUCUACGAUAUAUUUGCACUUCCUGCUUCUCCUUGGUUUAAAAAGGAGCAAGUGACUUUGACGUUUACCUUGCCUCGGUCUCCGCGUGUGAACGGUGGAACGUUCGCUAUUAUCGACAAGACCGAGCUUCAUCAAGCUCGUCAUGAGCGUUUUGAUAUGAAGUUUGCCCGUGUCUCCGACGGUGCAAAUGCGAGCCAAGCGCGUGACUUGGACGAACGCUUCGCUAUUGCAUCAGAGGCAGGAAACAUCACGGACCGUUGGCUCGGCGAAAUCGGCUCCCGGGGUGACAAACAACGUGCUCGAUUAGGUAUUACUGAAGCAUUGAAUUCUUCGGCUGGUCAGUUUUUAGUGAGCCUAUUAUUUACUGACCAACCUCGAGUCGAACCGGCAACGGGACCCGUUCCCGAAGCACAGCGUAUUGAACGACUUGAACUGACUCUGCGUUUGCCGCGAACCGAGGCCGAGGCCAAGUCAAGUCUUCCCCUGCUUACUCUUGCUCUGGACAUUGCGGAUGCGCUAUCUAUGACUGCAUCAGGCCGGUCGGACAUUUUAGCCCUGCACCCUGACACUUACGCUGCCCUAAAAAAGACGCGUACUGAGGUUGCUGCUCAGUUAGAAGAAAUUAGCUCACGCGACGCCAAAGCCCAAGAAGCCGAGGAAGCUGAAGAAGAGCGUCGACGUCUUCAGCAAGAGAAAUUUGACAAACUUUCGCCUGCUGAGCAAGCCAAGGUACGUUUCAUCUCAUUUUUUUUUCUUUUUACACCAGCGUAUGGAAAUAGCCAAGCGACGCACACAACGUAA